GGGAUGUGAGUGCGAUGAUGCAGCUGAAGAGCGGGGAUGCGGCGUACUACCACAGCGCAGAAUACUGCAGGAAUUACACCUCACCGCCCACCGUCACCUACGGUCACUGCAGCCAUUAUCUGCCCCGGCUACCAGGGCCUGAGAACAUGUUGAAGCCGCCCCUGAGUCUCUUCAGCCACCCCCAGCAUCCUUUCCACCACAUGGACUGCCUGCACCAGCUGGGGCCUCCACCUAUGGCACCUACGCAGCCACUCGGCCCACCACCCAUGGCCCCGGCUCAGGCAAUUGGACUCCCAACUAUGGUCCCCUCCCAGAAUCUAGGGCCCCCUCCCAUAAGUGCUACUCACCCAUUAAGGCCUCCCCAUAUUACCCCACCACACAGUUUAGGCCCCCCUCCAAUGGUGCCAGCUCAGCCUUUGGGACCUCCACCCUUGCCACACACCAUGGGGCCCCCACAUGAUCACACACAAGCGAUAGUGCCUCUAACCAUGGACCUCACGCAGCCAUUAGGGCCUCCCCCUAUGAACCAUGCACAAGUGCUGGUGCCACCACCUGUAGUGGUGCCCGGAGCUGGCAGAUUCCCCCUCCCUCCCAGCCCUCUGUUGUCCCCUCCUGCUCGGGGCCCUGAUCCCUCACAGCUGCCGCCCCGGCCCCCAGGUCCAACCCUCAUCCCGUCCGGCCUCAUCCCCUGUCAUCUCCCUGGUCAGGCAGCACCAGCCAGCGAGCAGCCCCAGGACGAGGGCUCUCCGCUGGGGAUGGAGGAGCAGGAGGACAUGGGGCUGGAGGAACUGUGCAAACCACUGUACUGUAAACUCUGCAAUGUAACACUGAACUCUGCUCAGCAGGCACAGGCUCACUACCAGGGGAAGAACCACAGUAAAAAGUUGAGGAAUUUCUACGCUGGCAGUCAACAGCCACCAGCCAUUAGGAUCCCAGAAGUCCUUGAUGCAGCGGGCCAACCAGCCCUCAACUCAGGAUCCACAGACAGUGACACAGGCCGACAGGCCUUGUACAAGGGGGCGACUCGGGUCAUCUUGGCCACAGAGAACGACUACUGUAAGCUGUGCGAUGCCUCCUUCAGCUCACCGGCGGUUGCACAGGCUCACUACCAGGGCAAGAACCACGCCAAGAAACUAAGGCUUGCAGAGGCCCAGCAGAAUUCCACUAACAUGGAAGGCAGCAAUGAGGCGGCCGCAAGAAGAAACAGGAAAGAUGGCAGCGAAUACAAACUGGUGAAAAACCGCCGCAGCCCACAGCUACCGGCCGCCAUGCCAGGGCCGUACUACAACCCCAGGCCCAGGCAGCGCAUCCCCAGGGACUUGGCCAUGUGUGUGACUCCCAGCGGACAGUUCUACUGCUCCAUGUGCAACUGUGGUGCCGAGCAGGAGACGGACUUCAGGCAACAUCUGGAGAGCAAGCAGCACAAGGCUAAAGUGUCCGAGUUGAGAUACCGCCACGAGAUGGAGAACCUCGGCUACAGCUAAGGGACAUGUGAUGAGAGGGGGGGUGAGAGAAGGGAUAGAACGGGUCCAGGUGGCAAAUACUGACCUGUGUUGAAGGGGUAAUACUGAGUGAAGGGACCAGUAGUGAAGGGACCAGCCCAAAUGGCCUCAAGAGCUUGUUGUAGUUCAUUUGAUUUAUGGAUCAGAAACUUGACCUAAUGCUCAAACACACAAAGCUAUAAUUGGCUUUGGACAUUUUGAAAAUCAGCCUUUAGAAACAAACCAGGCUGCAGGAAAAUGGUGAAAAGUGCAGCUUUCACCACAGAAGAAAAAAUAUAUAUCAAGGCACUGACUACAAGCUUUAGUGAGACUGUUUCUGGUCAAGUUUCAUCCAAGGUCUUGAGUGGGUUGCUUUCUGAGAGGAUACGACGAAAUGCCAGAGGAGAGGACAAAGACAGACAGAGAGAGAGAGAGAGAGAGAGAGAGAGAGAGAGAGAGAGAGAGAGAGAGAGAGAGAGAGAGAGAGAGAGAGAAAACUGGAAAACAGAGAGAAAUUGUUGAUGGAAGUAAAAGGAAGGAGACGAGUCGAGCGGCGAACAAGGGAAGGAAUGAGCCCUGCAGGUGUUUCUAUAGCAGGGACCACUCAGUGACCACAGGUCACAAAAGAGAAAAUCAAACAUUUUAUAACCUGAUGCAGGCAAUAAAAUCCAAAGUACUAUUUAAAAACUAAAACAAAGCACAAUGAACAUCACCUGGAAGAAACGGUGUGACACAAAUCUGUUCGCCUUCGCCAACCUUGUACCUACCGGCCCUCUGGUGUGUUUCAGGCUAACGGCCGAGCCCUGCUCAGCUUCGUACGUGCCUUCAGUGGGAAUAAGGCUAAAGAAUCAACCUUGGCGAGCCAUUCAGCAAACACAGUAGAAGCCAAUCCACAGUGUUGAUUGGGAUUUUCUAUAUUCUCUGUCAUCUUUCUUCUCGUUACACAAAUAUCAUGUAAAUAUCCUCAAAUUCAAUGAGUUGAAACAUAGAAUAAGUGAGUACAAUAGAUUCUUUGUUUAAUGUUAGCCUGGUGUAUAUUGUAAAUAAUUUAUUUAUUAAUUAUCAGGAAUCUUGUACAAAGUGUGCACUGACUGAAUGUCUGCCCUGUGUGUGUGUGUGUGUGUGUGUGUGUGUGUGUGUGUGUGUGUGUGUGUGUGUGUGUGUGUACUGCAGGCCCCCUGUACCACUUGGAUGGGGCCUUUGUUGAAAACGUAACUUUGGUACCAUUGGUCUGUAGUGAAAAGCUGCUCUCUGCUUUCUUGAAAACUACUUUGUUGUCUUUAACUCCAAACUUUCUAAUUAGUUUGCAACUGAAAUGAACAGUGCUGCGUGAGGAGAGCUCCUGAGUGUUUCUGGUUGUGAGACAUAUCAAGUUAAUGGUCCUGAUCAAUCUCGACUCCCAGAGGGGACGUAUGUAGCUGAGGUUCUACUGAAGUGUGAAACGGCUGCAGAGGAGCAACACACGUCUGCGUCUUCAGACAAAUGCUUUUGUUUUCUUUUACCCUCGACGACCUGCUCAGCUUGUUCUGCAACAUCCAACCAAUCCUGAGAAGAUCUUACAUUUUAGUCAAACAUUUAAUGAGGAAACGUGAGUAAAAAGUGCCUUCAACUCAACGGCAUUCAAAGAUAACAGGUCAAGGAUCAAAGGUCAAACAAAUCUAAAUUGAUCUAGUGUAUAUUAAUCUAUUUAUUAUCUACUGUAUUUACCAAAUAAUAAUAAUAAUAAUAAUAAUAAUAAUAAUAAUAAUAAUAAUAAUAAUAAUGCUUGAUUUAUCAACCAAAGCCCCUUUUCAGAGUUAGAAAAUGAGACUGAAAAUAAAACAAAUUAAACUAAAUUUGGUUUUCAAACUUUUCCAUUAUGACAGCAGUGCGUGCACACAUGUGCCAUGUCCAGACACACACACACACACACACACACACACACACACACACACACACACACACACACACACACACACACACACACACACACACACACACACUCACACUUAAUUCAAUCAGUCAGGCCUGAUAGCGUUGCAUAUCCAGAUGUGUUACAAGCAGCGUCCAGUGUUUGUGUGCGGUUGGUUGCGUUCACUGAGGGGAGAUGCAGCUGUUUACAUCUCACAUGUGUCUCCAGAGCACAGACACACACCUGAUCACACACACACACACACACACACACAAACACACACACACACUCAGGAGAAUCGUACUGUGGGGACAGCGGACUGCCGCGUUCAGGGAUUUAAACGUGAGAAAAAGAAGAGGAUGGGGAGUCAGAGAGGCAGAGACAAACAAAGCAAAGCAAAUCAAACCAUUGGCUGCUUCAUUAGCCCACCGUGUUCACACAGAGCAGAACAAAGAGGAGCUGGAGAAAGCAGAGCUGGAACCAAAGCUGUGGGCGAGGCCCAGUCGACGAGAUCUUCCCAUUAGACGGAGCUGCGGUCUGUCCUCCUCCUCAGAGAAAUAACACGCUUUGUCUCAUAUGAGAGUCCUGGUAGCAUCAGCCUUCAUUGUGCUGACAGGCUUCUUAGUGCAGACACCUUCAGCUAGUGCAUGAAAUAAAAGGCUGCACAGGAGAGGAGGAGAAAUGAACAGGCUCCUACACACUUUGCUUGAAGGCUCUUUAAAGGUACUGGGGAAAGCAUCGGGAAACCAUUUUGGCUUCUGCUCCCGUUGCUGCCCAAUUAAAAUGUGGAAAUACCAACUGGAGACCCCUCGGUGCAGAUUAGUUUGGACCUGAUUUAUGAGCAGCUCAACCAAAGAUUGAUUUUUCAGAUUCAUUUUAACAAGGCUGGACAAGCUGUGCAGCUGCCACAGGAUCCCAGACGCCCUUGCAAUUCAUUCAGUAUCUAAUUAUUUUCAUUUCAAAUAAGAAAAAAAAUGUGAUUUUUUUUUUGUUGAAGGAAUAUUGUUUUCUUUCAAAAUCAUCUUGUGACUCCUGAGAUGUAUCUUUUCUACCUUGAGGCCACUGCUCCAAACCAUUAGGCAUUAUUGUCAGCUUUUUUUUUAUUACAACAAGAUUUAAUUUUGGGAAACAUGUAAAAAAAUUCAUCUGUGCUCCUCGCUUAAAGUCAAAACAGUAAAAAAAAUGACGAGACAUGCACUGUUUUUGUAUUUAUGACUUUAAACCUUUGACCCAAAGCCUCCUGGAUCAUUUGAAAGAGUUUCACAGGGGAAAAAAUGUAAAACUAUCAAUAUUAUGUCAUUUAUAAUAAAAAACAAUACAUGAUUAUUGACUCCUGAACACAACAGGUAUUAAUGGAAAGAAAAUGAAAGAGUUAGAAAUGAAAUGGUAAACACAUCUUAUAGUAAUGGAGUAAAACACGUCUGAUCUCUGGAAAAAUGUCUACACAACUACUUCAAUAUUGUUGCAGUGAUUAAACCUUAAACGUCUAAAUAUAUAAUAUAUAAUAUUGGUCGCACAAAUGUUUUAAGGCGCUAAAAAGCACGGUGGUGAAUAAAGGUAUUAAUACGAUGAAAGGGUCAGUACCAGGUUCAUGGUGGUAUUAUUUUAAAUCAGGAUUUUUAUUAAUUAUACAUAAGAUCACAUUAACGCUUAUAAACGAUCUGUUCAGCUGCUGUUUGGUCCGGUGACGUCUUUAAACCACUUCGGAUUAUUUUGUCUUUUCCACGUUUGAGACUGUGACGCUCUCUAACUAGAAUAUAUAGAUAAUAAUUGAUUUCCUAUGUUGAUUUGAACUCUGCGGUGUUUCAGCACCACAAGUUACAGAGUUUGUGCUUUGCUGUAAAUCACAAAGAUGUAUUAUUGUUACAUAUUUUCACAUUUAAUUCCGAUGUUUCUACUGAUGAGAGAAAAUGAAGAUGUGCGUUUUGAAAUGUGCUGAAUCCACAAAACGGGGCAUUGGUCCGAAUGACGAGUUUGCACUGAAUAUAAAAACAAAAUGUUGUUAUAAAGAGAUUAUAAUCGUUUAUUUCAAGUGAACGCUUUGCUACCAUUGUUAUCAUUUGCCUCUUCGAUGAGUUUUAUCCUAAUGUUUACAAGGUGAGGGAGCUGUUAAUGGACAUGUAUCAUAUUUGUAAAUGUGUUUCUCCGUGUGCUGCUCUGCUGGACUGAUCGGAUCAGACCGGGGGGGCAGACGGGCGACACUGUGAGGCCAAGUAGGAGAAAACGACACUGUGACCUGUGAGAUGUAGCACAAAGGAAUAUGAAACAUAAUAAUAUACACACUCUGCAAGGAAAUUAGACACAACUGAUCAGAGUUUGACAAAAAACGAUAGAGAUGAUGGACCUUGUAAAGGUAGCGCUGUAGCUUUAUGAGAAUUGGUCCCAAAAUGUCAAACAUAGAUCCUGAAAUAAUCUCCUCUUGCCUGCAGGUAUCAUCAUGUGCAUGGCAGCUGCAUUGGUUUCAGAAUAUAUGGAAUGGCGAAUGCUUGCCUUACGUAGAAAAGCUCUUUUAUCCUUGUGUGCAGGCCACAGAUUGUAAAUAAAGAUGGACGACGCCUCU